CUUCUCCAGGCACGCACAUCAAUGGGUGAAUCCUGUGCUUGUUUUCUACUGGUGGUUUUGGUCCCAUUUAUUACACAACUUUUUAACUCUCCUGUACGGUUCGUUUUGAUUGAAAACUCAAUAUUAGUUUCUCUGGAUUCAAAGUCAAGUGGAUCCUCGUUCUUGACCGUGUCGUUGUCGAUGUAAAAAGAGCUGUAAGAACUAAUUCAUUGUAUUUCAUUUCGGAAAAUAUAUGAUGCUUCUGUGUUAAUUUUUUUAUAAAUAUUUGCAAGCUAAGUCUUGAGAUUGAGAUUGUCUCAUUGAUACUGUUUGAUACAUUAUUUAAUUUACGUGGCUUCUUCAUUUAUUAACCACGCUCCUUCUAUAUUGGCGCUUGCAUGUUGUUGGUAGGUGGAUGAUUUGAUAACUCUUGGUAUCAUGGUUUUUUUCGGACUAAAGACAAGAAGGGUCUUGUCUCAUUUCCCUUGUACGCAUCUAUACUCUUGAUAAAGUACUAACCGGUCAAUUUUCCCUUAUAAAUCCUACUAGGGAAAAGUCCCUCGAAUCAAGAUAAAGUUAAAGUUGAGUACUCUCUACAAGUCUCUACGUACUAUAGAUCACUUACUAAAUGAACGAUGUCGAGCAGCGCGAGUGCGGCCCCUGCAGCUCCUUCCGGAGAGGUUAUCCCCGCCUCCUGCAACGAGCCUCUGGAAGGCCGCCGCCAUGAUCUAGCAGCUACAGACGAAAACGGAGGAGUGAUGAAUGACACCAGACCGCGAGAAGAGACCUCAAUGAUUCCAGUUUCUGGCGAUCCGGACGCCUUGGGGUUGCACUUGAACCACAUUCCGCCCCGAUAUACGCCGGUCGCCAUAAUGUUAUGGACGAGAGUUUGUGUUGGUGAUUCCAUAGAGGUCGCGUUCCCGGGAUUGGUGAUCCCAUAGAGGUGGCGUUCUUCAUUAGAAAUCUCAACAGCUCCGGCUACAUCACGCACCGGACAACUAGGAGAUCUUAAUAGUUAUACCCUAUAUAACUAUAUAUUGACGUGCAUUCUCCGGAGUUGUACCCGACUAAAAGAGGUUAUCAGCGUCACCGAUGUUGCUCGUCCAUCUCUUCUAAGCAAGAACGUUUUAUUUGCGAAUGAUGCUGUUUUGCAGGACGAGGAGAUACAGAGACUGCUCGCUGAGGCCGAUGGGGUCGAUGAAACUACAGAUGACGCGCACAGGCAUCUGGUCAGCCCGCGUACGCACGACGAGGUGCCGCCACCAACUGGGCACUCUGACGGUGAAAAUGGCGCAGCAUUUACUACCAGUAAAAGCAAUGUUAUGGCAAUCUUUCUACACAUUCACAUGCUCAGCCGCUCACUUCAGCCUUCAACUUGCCGUGGCGUUGCAGUUUUGAAGUAUCUUCUGCUCUAUUCAUUCUUUAUAAAAACAUACAUAGUGGUAGAACAAAGGAAGUCGACAGUUUCGGAUUACUGAUCUGGGCAAUUCACCAUGACCGUAGGACUCGAACUUUCGUGAAAAAACAACGAACCACAGGAUAAUGACACGACGAAAAUAUGAGGCUGCAGCAAGAGAGCUCUAAAGAUCAACAGUACCCACCUCGCAGCACUACUUCGGUUACCACCGCGGCUGGAUCGGACGCUGCAGGAAUAAACUCGGGACGGUUACCAUGGUCGUCAGCCGGCGCCAGCAGCGCGAGGAGCAACGUGGAUGGGCAGUCGAGUGUGGCGGUGAAUCAGUUAAGAGUCUUUGCACUAUUGCACUCCCCACAACCAUUCUUGGCCUUUUUUUAUCUCAGUCAUGUCUUAAUACUGUUCCAUGUUGGUCUAAGACCAAUGGUCUUGGUGUAACGAUUAACAAGGGUAAUUAAGAGUCGACACGAUUACUUUUGGAGGCACAAAAAUGAUAAUGAUGCUGCCACAAUGCACUGUCUAAGUCGAGAGGAUCCUGCCCGUGUUCGCUUAUUCAACGAGGAAGAGUACCUCAUGGACUGCGCAGAGUGGAAGGAAACCUUGCGCAGAGUUGCUGCUCUUAAGGCGGAAGAGGUGGAGCCUCGCGAGGAUAACUUGACGCAGUUGAGGCCAUGCGAGGACAACAGGCGCCCUGAUGGCUCAUUGUUGCCACCAGCGGUGAUAGCAACGGUUGUCACGUGUACUGCCAUAGCUGAAGAUACCGGAAAGCCAGUCGCCGCUCACUUGAAUGACGAGGCUGUGCGCCUGGCCCAAGCUGGCGUCUCAGACGAGCACCAGCGGAUAUUCUCCGAAAAGGUAGUGCGAGUCACGAGCGUCGAAAACUACUUCGAUUAUGACACACUCAGUUACAAAAUAAUCGUUGGAAUUCGUACCUUCCUCGGUUACAAAAUAACCGAACUCUAUAGGUAACAAAUCGAUAGAAAUAAGUACUUAAAUUUAAUGUUGACAGAAAAUGCACUUCUUCUAGCAACACUCCCUAGAAAUGAUGCAAAUUCAACUUAUGUUGAAGAUACCUUGUAGUUUAGGUCGUGAAAGCUUUGUGGUUGUCUUUCAUUCUUCGGCUUCUAAUUUUUUCCCCACCAUCCGGCAUACGUUCCGUACCUUAUCCGCGGAGCUUGGACGAAUGUGGUGCCGUGUAAUCCGUGCCCUUCCAAGGUUCUGGGGAGUGCGUUGCAUCCUAUAGUCCGGCGCCUUUUGGAUUGCUUUACGCUACACCCGUUGACCCGAAAACUCGGCACGGCGCGCAGUGCCCCCAACAAAAAGAAUGUCGGCUACGGAUUUGCUUGCUUUCGCACACGCGCUAUUUUCGAGCGGUGGAAUACUCUCAUGCAUGGACAAAGGUAUCCACGAAUGAAAUGAAGACUUAUUUAAUCAUUAUGUCGUAGUUGCACUUGCACCUUACUGGUGCUCCUAUUCUUGUAAACUUCUAGGCGUUCCUCUCGCACUCGAGGUUUUGUAGACGACAAACAAUACUUUGCGUUUUAGUUUUACGUCUAUUCUUUCCAACCAUGGUCGAUGAAGAUCAUCAUAGUUUUUCAUUAUACCAUAGAUAUUGCUACGAUUAUCUUCGAUUUACAAUAAGGACCUCCGCGACUUAUGAUACAGAUACGCUCCGUGGAGUGGUCGAGCAGUGCGUGCUGGUUUGAGCAAGUUCAGGGACCUGUCCGCGUGUAUGGAACACUUCUGCGCGCGCGGAGCUGCUGGCACGGGUAAUUUGCACACGUUUUGGCUAAAGACAACAGCAAGAGAACGACUUCAAAAUUUUGUGCGCGAAAAUAUCGCCAAUUGGGACGCGGGUUGGCAGGAACCGAGUUUGCCAGGACGUCUCUCCCCGCAAGUUGGUUUUCCGGCCUCAGCGCACCCACGAGGAGGAAAGCAGAUGAUGGGCGGUGGGAAGGCAGAUCAUGAGCCGCGUGGCUUCAAAGGCAAGAAGGGCAGGGGAAUUCGUGGAGGAAGGCACGGAAGCCUCGAAGCACAUAAAGGAAGUGCUGCUCACAUCUACAACGGCAAAACAGGAGGACGCAACCUGACCAUCAUGAGUAAAGGCGGGAGCAAAGGGUACGGCAAACGACAACACAGCAAAAACAGCAACUACAACAUCAACUCCGGAAAGAUGACGGUUGCGGGACGCUCCUGGAGGGGUAACGGGCACGCUGGCGCCCGUGACUUUGUGCCCACAAUCGACCACCACGCCUACGAUGCGAAUGCACGCGCCUCCGCGCUUGCUCCGUACCGUGAGCAGCGUUUGCGGCAUGAUGAGUAUCCAGGAGAAACAGCAAUGGGCGAAUCCUCGAGAAGGCCACGCGAUGGACUGCCAGCUCACUUCGAGGAGGUAGACAGGCUGCGCAGAGCUUACCUCGCCGACCGGAACGGUGGACUAACUCGUUUUUACAACCACAAUCAGUCGCAUCGUAGUGGACUCAAUGACAACGCUGCUGAACAACAGCAUAGUGACAAUGAUUAUCGCUGGCGGAUGAAUGAUGCGCGGGACGCUUCUGCCGCAACGGCCGUGGUACCCAAGUCCAGACACGCCGCGCAGUAUCGCGAUGCCGACUGCGUGGAUGCAGCCACAUCGUGGCGUGACGACGAGCGGCGACCUUUCGCGGCCGAGUUCGAACGAGGCGCAAGUCGCUCUGUGCCCACUCCUGGACCUUACCUCCAAGAACAAAGACGCGGUACUAAGAACGGGUCGACACACGUGCAUUUGUCGGGUGACAACUACAGCAACUUUCUUCGUAGCGGCUCCUCUACGCGGGCGCCACUGAGUUCGCCAAAUAGAUCGCAAUCCCAUAGAUACCUUUCUUCAAGCCGAGGGGAUUAUCAUGACGUCGAACUGCAGGAGGACCCGCAUCAUGCGUCUCAUCUCCAAGCUUUUUCAUGGUUUCGAACGACGCCCAAAGAGGACGAUCAGCUUCCUACGUACACGAACCGCCCGCUGAGGGGGGACACCUCUCUCGGGAGAGAGAUCUCGUCCUUCCGCGAAGAAGCUGUGGACGAGCAAGAUGAAAAUAAUAAUCAUGGGCGAAAUCGCGGACGAGAGCCUCAUUAUGCUCCUGGUGCUUACCCUGUUGGGGGCCGAGGCGGCGAGCACUACUUCAACGACAGGUACGACAGCGAGGAUGGUGGUUUUUUGGAGCCCCGGCAGUUGGAGUGGCAUGAUCAGGAUUUCCACGACAACGUGAAUGCGCGUGCUGUUGGUGGAUGCGGCUACAGCAGCAACGGAUAUUCUUCUCGUAGCAUGGGGGCUCAGCGUCAGCAUCAGCAUCUUGCAGUUGAUCAACCCGAUGGGAUUGCAUCAUCCUCAAAAGGAGGAUAUCAGCCAAGACGAGGUGCUCAGCACAAAAGUACAGAACGACGAACUAACUCUAUCUCUCCUCGCCUCUUUGAGCGCGCUGAUGGAAGACACGUGGAGCAUGAGCAUCAGGUGGCACCAGAACAAAAUGAUGGGCACCGCGGCUCCAGGGCGAGAACCCUCCCUGAACGUGGUGGAGACCAUCAUCGCAGCGAGAGAGGGCGCCGCGAGAAACCUCAACAUUCCUCGCCAGUGGAUCAGCAGCGCUUCAUCCCGUCGCCUCGUGGAGUUCCACCUUCGUCCAACACCGCAGCUCGUGGCAUACUCACGCCCUCGUCAACAGAAAACUACUUGACUCCUAACCGAAACGAGCGAAGCCGCAGGAACGGCAUUCAUGGGCGAGGACUAUCGGGAAGACGGGAAGGGGUGCUACACGAAGGUACGCCAGCGCCGCAUCGGGAACACGACGUCGAGGAGGGGCCUCGUCUAGGCAAUCACCAUGGACGCCGCGGGGGGUCGCGAACGGACUUCGACACGACCAACCACGAAUCUGCACUUGGGGAAGUAGAUUAUUUCGCCGGAGACAACAUUGGAGCGGCUCCGCUACGCCAGGUUUCGGACAGUUCCGUCUGGCAGGGACACGCGGACGCGCCACCGCGGCGUGGCAAUGUUCCUCCGCGUUCUACUUCGGGGAAUCAUCACCGCUACAAUAGCCACAAGAACCGUCGCAAUGUUGCUGGAGGCUUGUUCCACCAUGUUGAUACCACAUCCACAAGCGGAGCGCCAGCGCUGACCAGCACGACCAGAUACAACAUGCAUUACAAUCAGAGUUCCUUGUUCGACACACGACCGCAAGCUGCUGGGGCUGGGCGCUACUCUCCUGAAGAGUCAGCCAGGAGUCAACGUGUGGAUUCCAGAGACGAUUACGAUGUGCCUCCGGGAUGGCAACCGGUUGAAAGAGCUCUGCCGGGAUAA